GGAGGUGGUAGUGGAAGGGAAAAUUAUUGUGAUCUCUGUUUCUGUUAUGUUUGUGGGUUGUUGAAAAAUGUCAAUAUCGUAUUUGUGUCGGAAUUAAAACUUGGACUCUUCUGAGCACUCAACUUAUCUCCACAUCGAUUAAGUUAAGGCUCCUCGCAUUGAAAUGCAGUUAUUGAUUUAUUGCAAGAUUCCUGAUGGUCAACGAUUGUUGUUAUAAUCAUACAUAUGGCAAAUAUGUAGCCAGAAAAGCAACAAACGUUACAACUAAUCCCACAGGAAUGGUGGGAAGAAGAGGACGCGAUAAAACCCUGUCCUCCAAUCCCUUGAUUACAAAACUAGUUUUGUUUUAAUUUAUUUUAUUUAUAUAACUUUAUAUAGCUUACUGUUACUUUUUUAUAGUUUAUUAGUGUAAUUUAUUUUCCUACAAAAUAUUUUAUCAGAUAUUAUUUUGCUAGUUUUAUUUGGUUUUCAAUGUUAAACAGUAUAACUGUUACAUUAAAAGUUAAACUUUAAACAUUGAAUGAAAUGAAAGACUCGGGAGUGGUUGUCAGCGGGGCUGCUGCUCAGCAGAUAAUUGUUACAAACAAUAAUAUCAUUCAGAAAGAAACGUCGACCAUAAUGAGUGCACGAAAACUUCCAAAGAAGAGGAAAUUUGAUCCGUCAGAGUUAGACGAGACGGAUAAACCAGUUAUUUCAGAGAAUCACAUAUCCGGUGUGGUAGUGAUGCCUCCUCAGUCUAUGGCUGUCGACUACUCCUGUCUGAGCACUUCCAAAUACCAGGAAGUAGAGAGGAGAACAUCCUAUGAUAUGCCGCCGGUCAUAAAAGUCGAAGAUAGGAGCGAGCCUAUCUUACCCAAAGAGAGUGAUCUCCCUGAAGAACCGACAAACUUGAAUAUACAAGAGAUGAAUUUGCAAAGGAGAAUAAACGGAAGAACAGACAUAGACUUGCGAGAGUGGAUGGAUCACAGAGUUUUAGCGAAAAAAGAGCAAUUUUACUACCCGGGUAAAAUCCGGCAGGCCGGGUGUAACGGGGAGAUUUGGGUAGAGUUCGAUAACUUUGAGGGGAAAAUGGCCAUCUUCACUGAUGUUUUGUGUUCUGGGAAAUACAAUGUGAUUAGUGACGCAAGCCCUUCCCUGCAACAAAUACAUUUGGGUGUGCGAGUGUGCGUGAGGGCAGCAAUAGACGAUAGUCAGACGGGACAGACGGUGUUUGUGGAAGGUUAUGUCAGUAAGAUCAUGAACUCCCCUCCGCGGUUCUUGGUGAAACUGAACCACUCUGGGGCAGAGACUGUAGCAAAGCGGGCGGAGUUGCGACUGCUGCAGCCUCCGUGGAGAGAUGAGCUGGAGGAGUCGGAGGAGAGGAACGGACAAAUACCUCUACAACUGCAACAUGUAGUGCCUACCUUGCAGCCCUCAAACAACUACUACAGGUCCAUGACAACGUCUCCUCUCCACAACAACAUGUCAGCGACCCCGAUCAGUCUACAUUCUGUGUCUACGGCUCUGUCUAACGCUAGCGGAGACGAUCUCAGACACCGCAACUAUGAGGACUUUGAGAGUGACGACGAUCUGCGCAGAGAAGACAUCUUCCUUCUCACUGAUGCAGAUGGCUGCAAGUUGUCCGGCAGCAGCAAACGCAGCAGUAUGCAGAGCCGAGGCAGCACGUCUAGUCUGAUGGAUCACGGCAGCAUCACUCCCCGCUCCACCCCCGCUACUCCCAGAUCUCAAGCUGCGACGCCUCAUAAGUACAAGAAGGGAGACGUAGUGUCCAAUCCGAGUGGUAUCCGUAAAAAGUUCAAUGGGAAACAGUGGCGGCGGCUCUGUUCCAAGGAUGGCUGCACCAAGGAGUCUCAGCGCCGAGGAUACUGCUCAAGGCAUCUCAGUCUUAAGGGAAGCAGUCUGCGAGCCGGGCCAACUAGCUUCCCUCGGGGCAAGAGCAGUUUGUUGGACGGGGAGGAGACCUCACGAGACUCAGACACGUCUCCUAACUACGGAGAUCGUAGAAUCACCGGACGCUUCGACCCUGAGGAAACUGAGGCCGCUAACAUGCUUGUGUCGCUGGGUAGUUCCCGCUCGGCCACACCAGCGUUCUCCUCACCCACCGGCGGCCCGGCUGUGUCUCCGUGUACCAUGCAGAGUCCAGUGACUGUCGGCCCACGACACAACAUGUUCCAACCAAUCAACAACAGCCAUAACCACAACCACAAUCACUCCCACAACCGGCCGCGGCAACCACACCCCUCGCCUGUCCAACACCACUUCAUGCUUGGCAACUUCCAACAGCAUGUGAUCAGGCCAGAGCUGGUGAGGCCGAUCAUGAUGCAGCAAGGGUCCCCGCCUGGUGGAGGAAUGGCUACGAGUGUGAUCCGUAUAUCUCCGGGGCUAGGCGGGGCUGCCUGGAGAGGGGACACUCCCCCACUGCCCCCCGCACCUGCUCCCCCACCUCUCACUCAACACAGCGUCGUGGUCAGCUCUCAUUCACAUAACAUACUGCAACAGGCGCUUACAGCUGGUGAUGUACACAGCAGUGAUAGACUGCAGCGCAGCAGUCAGCAGUUGUCCACAGUGGUGGUGGAGGAACCGCAGCCGCAGCAUCACUCCGCAGCACACAGUCACACACAGGAGUCUGUUAUCAAGAAGGAAGUGUCGCACCAGCCAGUGUACAUCAAGGAGAACACUCCUCCCUCCGUGCUGCAACAGGGGAGCAAGAUACGAGUGGGUCUCCACAUUGCCACAACUGCUGUAGACUCACCGCCUUCCCCUCCCCCGCCACCGGCCACCAACAUGUUCCAACAAGUCAUAGUUCACCCUACGGAACUGCUGCCUGUGCUGCCCUUCCACAACAAGCCAGCGACCCCGGCCGACGACCAGCCUGAGAAGAAUGAGAACGUUUCAAGCACCAACGAUGGCUGCGUCGGUCAGACGACAUACUCGUGGGAGUCGCUAGUGCCACUGCUGGCAUCGCCCCCUGCCUCCCCCCCUCUAUCGCCCCCACUCAGUGCCCCACCCCCCGUACCUGAGGAGGACGAUGAUGUGUUUGAGUCGGAGGACACAGUCGCCGCUGCAGUCGCUGCUAGCAAUGAUGCGGCUGGCAAACGACGCACACAGUCACUCAGUGCGCUACAUAAUAGCAAGGAGCCGCAGAGCCCACUAAAGGUGAAGGAGCGAGAUCGUAUACGACGGCCGAUGAAUGCCUUCAUGAUCUUCAGUAAGCGGCACCGAGCCUUGGUCCACCAGCGCCACCCAAAUCAAGAUAACCGCACGGUGUCCAAGAUACUCGGGGAGUGGUGGUAUGCUCUAGGCCCAGAGGAGAAGCAGAAGUACCAUGAACUCGCUUCUGAGGUGAAGGAAGCCCAUUUCAAAGCACAUCCGGAGUGGAAGUGGUGCAGCAAGGAUCGCCGCAAGUCGUCCACAGGCUCCGGCCGAGGCAAGCUAGGGUCCGUGGACGAGGGGGUGGAGGGAGCUGGUGUAUCCGUCUCAUCCCCAGGCCCACCACCUACCCCUCCAGCUGUGCAGGAGGUGGAGAUAUCUCAAGAGAACACCGAGGUUAUAUGUGAAGAACCAGAAAUAGAUCUCAAGUGUAAGGAGAAGGUGACAGACUCUGAUUCAGAGUCACAAAGUGAGACGGAACCUUUGUUCCCUCAGCAACGGUUCAGCCCUGUGUCAGGGGUCAAAGCGGAGGUCACCUUCAGGCCUAAACCAAUCAAAGCAAGGUUGCCGUCCGGCAGUCUGGAGAGUGGCAGCAAGUUCCAGGCAACGUCUAGUGGUGGUGAAUCUUCUGUAGCCGUGUUGUCCUCCUAUCCUUACCACUCUCCUCUCAACCCUACUGGAGUGUGUGCCUUCCAACCAACCGGCGGCGCCUUCAAGACGAUGCCUGUCUCUCCAAAGGUUGUUAAGAGCGAUUCGUACCCGGUAUCGUCGUCUGCUGCCACUUCCACUGUUAACUGGAGUGCGACAAGCUCUCAAGGGGACGACUGGCUCAAAACCACCACGGUUCACUGCAAGAUACCAUCUUCCCCAGGGGUGAUGCACACUGUAGCCAGCAGCCAGCCGGCACCAGCCAAGUCUACAAUGGCUACCUCGUUGGCUAGUAGCCAGGCGGUGGCUAGGAGUGCCAGCCAGACCUACACUAGGAUUACCAGCACUGCACCACAGACUCAGGCUCAGGUGUCCGUGUUGAAUGUGGGUACAUUACUAACACCACAGAAUGUAAGUGUCAAGUCGACUCAAAACACAACCAUUCUGCAGCCCAAGGUGUCUACCUUCCUCCCCAACAUCAGCCAGGCCAACAUCAAGACACUGCCUGUGCUGCAGACGACGACAGCACGGCCUCAGCAGAACUAUCAGCAGCCGAUGACUGUCACGAUUCUCAACCCGGUGGAGUCUGGGUUGCUCAACACGCUGCUGUUCAAACCCAUCAGCAGAGUGGACUCGGCCAACAACACUACGCAGGGAGAGACUGUGCAAUACGUGCUGCACAACGGACGAAUUCAGAAUGUCUACGUUCCCGCUCAGACUGGCUUCCAGAUACCGAUAUCGGAUGCCAGUGGUCGUCAGAUCUCAGUGCAGCAAGCAAAGCCUAUAACCCUGGUGACUAGUCAGCCUCACACUUCUACUGUGAUCGUCAGCAAGCCGAACAAUAUUGUGAAGCGUGACGAGGAACGGCCCAAAGUCCAGUAUUCCGAGAGUUCGAUGGUCAACGGUGAAAGUGACAAAACCAAUAAUCAGCAUUACCAGGAAACCAAAGAAGAAGAAGUAAAUCCAGAGCAUUCAAAUGUGACUGAACAAUCUCCAGACAGAGAUCAAAGCAACUAUAAAGUGAGAGAAGAAGACAGACAAAUGUUUGUCUUAGCUCCGACACCAGCUCAACUUGGCAAGGCUCCGUUGCAACGCCGUCAAUCUAUGGCAGUGUCUGGGUCAAAUCAAGGACAAGACAAUUCUCAAACGUCCAACAGUCAACAUCAACAGUUCCACCAUCAGCAGCAACAUCAACAACAGAUGCACCAACAGAUACAACAACAUCAUCAGCAGAUACAACAGCAGAUUCAACAGCAGCAGCAACAGAUCCAACAGCAGCAGCAACAGAUCCAGCAACAGCAGCAGCAACAACAGCAACAGCAACAGAUCCAACAACAGCAACAACAGCAGCAGCAACACCAUCAACAACAGGAGCACCUUCAAAGCAACGCCAACAACAUGAACAACGUAAACAACACGACCAGUCAUAGUCACAUGGAAGAAGAUACCGUACCAGAAUCACCAUCCACCAAGAGGAGCUUCUUUAAGAAGAAUGUAGAAGAUGGCAUGGACAGAGUAUUGGAGCAAGUGAAUUUUGAGAAAAAGUUUUCAUCACUGCCAGAGUUCAAGCCAGAGGAGUGCCAAUCACCGAGCGCCAUCUCCGUGCCUAGCAGUCCUCAUGUGUUUAUCCGCAAGAAACCACAUCAAGAAGAAUCGACUCCCUCUCACUCCGAAGUGUCUCAUUCCGCAACUCCGAAGUCUGGCAAACUUAUCGGUUCAACGUUCUUUGGACCAGACUUCAACAUUGAAGCUUUUAAAGGAUCAAAUAUAGGAUCAACCGUUGACUUGGAGAGCUUGGAAGCGUCUUCACCGCGGACUCCUAAGACUCCAGGUAGUCGGGACCCAGACAAGGGGCAUCGCCGGAUCCUGGAACAGCGAAGACAGCUGGUGAUGCAGCUGUUCCAGGAACAGGGGUUGUUCCCCUCCACUCAAGCCACCACCAACUUCCAGGCAUGUCACGUAGACAUCUUCCCUAACAAGACAUCACUACAGCUGAAGAUCAGGGAAGUGCGACAGAAGUUGAUGGCCAACCAGUCAGGGCUGCCAACCCCCAUCAGCGCCAACGCCCUUACCAGCCCUGUAGAGCCCUCCACUCCUGGAGUUUCUUCUAUGUCCCACUCUGUGAUACCCGUUUCAUCCAGCAGUUAACGAUCAUCUUUCGACGUCCGUUGCCCUCCCAAACAUCUAAAGUUUGUAUAUAAACUGUAAUUGUACCAAGAAUUUUAAAAACGAACCUACCCGUUAGAUUCCCUAUGUACUUAGUUUUUGUGUAUAUUUUGUUAAUAAGUUUUUGUUUGGAGUCAUAGAAUUUUCUUUUAUAUAAACGCAACAUUAUUUUCCUUUGCAGGAACGUGUAAAAUAAUUAACGAUAUCGUCUUUUGUAAAUACUUAAUAACAAUUGCGAAUGGGUAAUCUAUAUGUUUUACUGUUAUACGAGUAUGUAAAUUUUAUGCUUUAAUCAUUUUAUAUAUCGAUGUUAUAUGUUUAUUGUAUUUCUAUAGUUUUUCAGUGUAUAACAUUUUAUUACUUUAGUCCUAUGUGUUUGUUUGUUCUAUAUAUUUUAUAAGUUAUAAAGUGCAUCUUAAACAAUCCGCUGCCAUUUUGUGCGUCUAUCGGGUCGCUCCUCCUGUCACUAUUGUAACACUUUCAGUUUCUAUCAGUUUCUAAAGAAUGUUAAGCAAAAAAAUGUAAUAUUGUCUAUGUAUGAUUGAUUGUGGUUUUAAAUUAUCAUAUCGCACCAACUGACUAUAUAACAAAAUGUUCUCUGUUUGUUCAAUUUAUAAAAAAAUAUCUCAUUAUAUACAAAACCUGCACAAUUGUUCAAAAUUUAACAUUUUUAAGAAUUCAGUUUUUGUAAAAUAACAUUUAUACCGUAAAUUUAGUAGUUUUAAUGUACUAAUUUAUGAUAUGAAUU